AUGGAGCGGGUGGAUGAGAAUGAACGAGUAGAAGGGUGGAAGGAGCAAUUGAAAGAAGAAAAGAGGGAGGGUGGGGUUGACUUGAGGCGGCAGAACAUGGUGAGGGGCAGGGCGGAGCGGGACAACUCGGGUGCCGGGCUACAUACGGAGACCAAAAGUGCUGUUCUUGGGGUGCCUGAGGCUAUCAAUGAGACGACCAGGGAGAUGGCCAACAUGGCCUUGCUAGACCCCGGUGGAGAUACACCGGGCUCCUAA